AUGCAUAAAACUGGUCCUGAAAAUUGGCAACAGUUAGAGUUCCAUAACCUACUAUUUUUAAAUUUGGCAGAUGAUGUCGUGUUUCACAGUACAUUCUUAUUGUUUCACGACAAUUGUAAAGUAUCAGUAUGCACCUCGGAUGCACGUUUAAUUUCUGGAUGUGAUAAAAGUCUAGAACCGAAAACAUGGCUGACAACUAGGGCAAGAGGUAUUUGGGAUUGGGCAACUGUUGGUCAGUUACCUACCGGUCCACAUUUCUGUCUAAAGGGUAAUCAAGCCACUUAUUCAUUGGAAGUAGAUUAUCAUGUUCAUGUAACUCCAAAACCCAGUGAAAAUGAAACACAAUCGGUAGUACUGUUAACAAAAACUGUACCUGAUAAAAAUGCCAUCGGAAAUCGAACUGAUUGUGGUACUGGAAAUCCGCAGAUUCAUUAUUGUAUGAUGCUUUGUUGGUUAAAAAAUGACAUGAAACUGUUUAUCAUUGAUACAGCGUUGUCAUCGAAAAAUGCAUCGUAUGUAGCCAACAAAAUUUAUGAUCAACUUGGUACCCCAUCAGAUACUGCCGUAACUGUGUAUUCUGUAAACUUAGAUGCGGUUCCACAAGCACAGUUAAAUCAGCAAGUGUAUUACGGAGAUCCUAAUUACUGCAGUGUUUAUAUUGGUAUGGAAACUGUUGGAAUACCGUAUCUGUAUGAGAUACAAGUUGUCAAAGUUAUAAAAGAUUAA